CUUGGCUAGAGGACUUGUCCUUGACUCCAGACGUAAUUUUUCCGCGUCCCGUUGCGGAGUUGGAAGUUGCAAUCAAUAAGUGCGGCUAUGAAGACCGUUAUGUCGCAGGCACGGUUGAGUUUAUAUCGGUCCUGUGUUAUAUUUGGGGUUAUUUUGUUCCUAUGUGGUGUGCAUACUGCAUACUGCAUGCCUUAUUUUCAGCUUUGCUAUUUGAGACACUGCCGGUGUUCUUGGCCUACCCCUCCCAUCUUAUCGCGUAGUCGAGCAGCUAUGUACCUAUUACACAUACGAAAGCUGUGCAACCUGAGCACUAACAUGCAUCACAGCUACUAUACUGUAUUUAUUUCUUUAAAUAAAUACAAGAUAAGGUUCAUGUCUCUCUGAUACGGCUUCUCAUACUGGCGUCAAACAACAUCCUCCUCCUCAAUGCGGUAAUCCCGGGGACGGAACCUUUUGGAUAACUUAUAUUACGUUACAUCUGCGGCCGAAGAGCAGUAGGCAAGUCCCACCAAGAAUUCUACAGUUUGCAUUGCACUGCUCUUUGAUACCUGCCUAUAGUAUGGGGAUUGAAAGUCAGGGACCCGUCCGCCUUAUAGGAAAACUGACCCCUGUACAGGUGAAGAUAUUCCAGAAGGUGGAGCCAAAGGCUCUGGGGUCAGUCCAGAUCAUCAUUGCUGUUCUGUGCCUCUGCCUGAGCGUCUGCAUUCUUCAGAUCCGUGACGAGAUACACUUCAGUCCAGACCUCAUCGUGGUAGUUGUGAUUGUGGUGCAGCUGCUUGGAUCUGGGUCCAUCCUGAUCCAUGCUGGGAGGUUCCCUUCUCUUUUCUGGGUGAAAACGACUCUGGUGGUCCACCUGGUGAGUGCUGCCUUCAGCACAGCUGCACUGGGCCUCCUGUCUCGCCACCUGCCGUACCGUCAGGACUCAUACCACUGCGAACACUGCAGGAGGCUGGAGGUCUACACUGUGCAACAAUAUUGUUACAGGCAGUGCACUUAUACGGUCGAAAGAACCAGUAAACGCUUGAUUGAUGGCUUGUUGGCCACUUUAGUGCUGUUCCUGGUGGUUGAGUUGGCGGUCUGCAUAGUGACUAUUCUUUUCGGGCUUGCAGUUCUGGCUAAAGGUGGUCUGCAGUUACCUGGAGUAGGCCAGCGGGUGGUGCCUCCUCCAGCUCCAUCCCAGCAGGUCGUCCCAACAUCCCCAGUCCAGGAAGCCCAUGUAGCCACAGCACCUCAACAGGUGAAGGUGGCGGUCAGAGAGCCUGAGUCUGAACCAGUAGAAGAAGUCCCGACCCCACCAACUGAACCUCAGGUGGAGCCUAUCGACUCUAUAGCAGAGAUCUGAUCCUGAGUCGUAUGACUUCCUUCCUGACCUAUUGCAAAGAAGACUACGGGAUCAGAAUGUUUCACUGUGGGGGGUUGCAAUUCAGGCCAAUGAAAAGUCUUUAUCAGAGAGGUGAAUCAGGCAGGUUGUUUGUCAUUACACCUAACAAAGCACUGUCUGCUAUUGAGGGCACAAAACAAAUGGACUCCAUUCAGCUCAUAACUAUCAGGCCUUCAGUGGAUCUGGAAACAUCUCUUGCCCAGAAUACCAUCAGAAUAAAUCGUAACUGUUUAAGUUUAUGUUUAAGCCCAGAAAUUAAUUACAGGCGUUAAUUACAAGUGUUAAUUACAGGUUUUAAUUAUAGGUGUUAAUUACAGGCGUUAAUUACAGGCAUUGUCUUGCUAACUAAGAAAUGGCAUAAAAUUUCAGCAUAAUUCACUCAUUGAGAAAUUAAUAACAUCUUGCAAACUCGUGCAAAAUGAUCCAUUCUAGUCACCAAAUCUGGUUUCUUUACAAUGUUUGUGAACGAAACUAAAGGCUUGGACAUCUGCACCCAGAGCAAUUUUAUUUGUUAUCCAAACGACCAGUGAGACUGCAUGGAUCUUCUCAGUUUUUAUACAUAAUGUUUCUAAUAUUAAAAUGGUGAAAAUCUGUAAAUAUCAGUUUUUCUUACAAUUUUUUCCUCAGAGCACUCUAAAUGUAGUAGUUUAUGAUGAAAAUGGCAGUAAUGUGUCAAAAUCCUUUCACUUUCUAUUGAGUAAAAUAAAAUCUACUCAUCAUACUAAGUGCUAUAAAACAACUGCAUUAUCAUGGAUACCUUUCUUUUACUUAUAAAUACGAACACUUGCUGCACAUGGUGAUAUCACUUCCCCUGAUGCUUCCUCAGAAAAACAAUAAAAACAAAUACCUGGGUGUUGUCUUGAAUUUGUAAACAGUGUCGUAUGCAGCAACUUUGGGCAUAAUGUUUGUUUCCAUAUAAUACAAUCUUCAAAGUUGAAAUUUUAUCUAGAUUGAAUAGCUAGUUGAGUGAAUUAGGAGCAGUAGAUUUGUGAUAAAAGGGUGAUGUGUUCAUAUAAGUAUGUAUCCAAAAGGUUAGCAAACAAAUAAUUACCACAGAAAAGUUUUGAAUUUUGCUCAAUAGAAUGUGUACUGUGCUUUGUGGGUGUGGAUUUGCCACAUCGCUGCCAUUAUUAUACGCUUAAACAAACUGUAGGCUAAAACCCUGUCAUAAAUCUAUCAUAGAAAAUUUUGAGCUAAGACACCAAGCAUAGUUGGUGUAAUAACUACCUUUGAGGAUUAUAAGUACUUCGGACCUUCUUUUAUAGACUUUUCAACAAUUAAAUGAAUUCUAAUUUCUCUAGAAUGAUGCAUUUGUCACCAUACCAGUCUUACUGACAUUGUUUAUUUCUCAAUGAGAGCUUUAUGCAGAAAUGACAAACAAACAAAAACUUAGAGGGCGCUCCAGGUGGGGCUCAGUAUUGCAGAACUGUUGGAGUCCUGAACUGCAAUUCCAGACAGUGAUCCCUGAACACGAAGGAACUCUGUACACUAUAAUGUCCACUACACUAUUAAAUAUUGGUAAAUAUUGUAAAAUAUAUUACUUUUCCCCCCUGUAAUCUUAAUCUAAUGAUUUUGUUAUAUAAUAUUCAGGUGUGGCUAGACAUUUGACUCUCACACUGUAAUCUAUAGCAGAGGUAUUAAAAUCAUAACCUUGAACCCAAAUCCGGUAGUGGAUUUUGUAAUCCCUUGUAGUUGGUUAAAUGAUUAAUGUAACUUGGGGAGUCUGUCAUCACAGCUGACACCUAGGUAAAGAGAAGGUGAAACAUUUGUAAGACCCGGAUCUUGAGGACUGUUAUUUGAAUACCUCUGAUGUAUAGUCACCUACACAAUAGUCUAUGGUCACUUGUGCUCUAGAGGGAAGGUAUUGGGAACAUUGCAAUGUAACCAGUGCUAAAAUAUCAGCCCCUGUGCCCUCCAACUGUAUUCACAGGAAGGUUCCUCUAAGAAGGUUCCUUGUAAUGCCCAGUUUCAUAUCAAUCUGCUUUCUAGAGCACUGCUUCUUAGCAACAAACAAUAAAGUCUUGUGUGUAAAAAUGUAGGAACAAAGGCUGCAGGACCUGUUUUUAAUCAUCCCGUAACUGCACCAUGCCAUCAUGUGUGUUUGCAGGUCUGUUUUUUUUGCACUCCUUUCAUGCUAGUGUUAUUUUAGCUGUUACACUUCUGGUUUGCACUAGAUGGCGGCAGAUGAAAUUGAAGCAAAAAGUGAUGCUGAGUUGAUGUUAUUGAUUCUUCUGUAAUGAUAUAUGUAGGUGUGUAACAGACUCAUAAAGUACUCUGUGAGAUGUGCAGAGGUGAAUUGUGA